AUGAGUUUCCAUUGCCACAGCCGUGGGCUGUUAUCAGCUGGGCCGUCAAGAAAGCGGAAGGAGCCGUCGGCUCUUAAAGCCGGUGAGCAGCCAGUUACGUCGAACCGGCUUCUGGCCGGGUACAUGGCUUACGAGUUUCUGACUAAAGGAACCAUCUUGGGCAGGAAGUUCGACCCGGAUCGAGCCGAAGCAAGCCCAUUCCCGACCAUCGCCGCCGCUCAGUACAAGAAGCCGAAGACAGAAGCCGCGCCGCCGGAGAUCAUCAAGAAAGAGCAUCAGAUUCAGAGCUACACCGACGUGGCGACCAUUUUGAAGACGGAUAAGGCCCAGAUAUCCGGCAUCGUUAACCCGACCCAACUGGCUCGGUGGCUUUCCAAAUAA